UCUCUCUCAUCCGCACCCAGCGUAAUGCACCCAACCUGCCCUCGUUUCGCAACAUCAGGCUAGCUGCCACCAAACAACCUUUCCGCUCUCCCUUUGUGCAUUCCUUCGCCCGCUCCCUCAUACUACGUAGACUUCGGACCCUGUGCGCCAAAGAGUUUCCGAUCAUCUCUGCUCAAACCACCGCCCUUACUGAAUCAAGCCGUGGGUCUUCGAUUAGCAAAGGAGGUCUCCUCCGAGCUCUCAGCCUACGCCCACGCCGCACGCCUGUCCGAGGUCCGGCCCUGCCGCCAUCCGACGCCGACGCAACCAUGUCUAACUUUGGGGACGGGACCAAGGUGGCUGUCAUUUCAGGUAAGAGACAACCUGCUUUAUAAACACCUUUGGUCUCAGCAUCUUCUCUUUGUACACGUUCCCACCAAGAGCUGGACCUGGGUUGCCGACAUCGACAUACGAGCCGCCAUCAUUCGAGAUCCGCCAUCAUGCCUCGCAAGAAGGGUUCCGCAGCUCGUUCCAAGUCGCCAACCAAGAGACAACCUGUCAAGAAAUUCAGCAACCCCCAGCUCGCGUCGCAGGCAGCCGAGUCUGGGAACAGCAAGAUUAACGUUGUAGCAGAAGCUCCAGAGCUUGGGCCACCAGCGUCCUCAACCAACGACAAGCAGACUCCUGAUGAUACCGAGAGACCUGCCGCUGAGAGGAAGGAGUCUAGUCACGAGUACAGCGCCACUGGCCUAGACGAUUCCCCUAAAAGCCCGAGCAGAGGCCAUCGACGAUCCCCAUCCUCGGCGAGAAGCAACGGCAGUAAGGCCGAGGAGAAUGACGGCAAUGGCAAUGCUGUUGACCCCGAAAAGAGCUUUGGUAGCGAGGGCACUGCUGAUGAGACUCUCGUCGAUGGAUUUGAUGUUGACAGAUCGGAGUCAACAAGUGUCAAGGGAAUGAGCGACGACAACUACCCGCGCCUUACUCUCGCAGCACAAGGCCGUAGAAACAGCCAUCGCUUCGGAUUGAAGGCUGCAGGCAUCCGCUUCGCACCUCUUCAGGUCCCCUUUCAGCGCCGCCUCCAGACCGGAGCCGUUCUGUUUCAUGGCCUAUCCAUUCUGAUAUUCGUCUCGAUCUUCUUUUUCCUCGCGGCAAUCCCUUUCACCUGGCCUCUCUUGGUCCCUUACCUCAUUCACCUGUCACUCUCUGGCGUUGCCUCCAAUGGCAACUUGAAGCUACGGUCGGAAUGGCUACGAUCGCUUCCCAUUUGGAAGUUCUUCGCCGAUUACUAUCCUGCUGAGCUCCAUAAGACUCACGAUCUUCCACCGACAAGGAAGUACAUUUUCGGCUACCACCCUCAUGGAAUCAUCUCACACGGUGCUUUUGCGGCAUUUGCAACCAAUGCCCUCGGAUUCGCCCAGAAGUUCCCCGGGAUCACCAACUCAUUGUUGACACUCGACAACAACUUCCGAAUCCCCUUUUACCGCGACUACAUCCUGUUCAUGGGCGUUCGAUCUGUGUCUAAGGAGUCGAUCUGGAACACGCUGAGCAAGGGCGGCGCCAAUGGCGAGGGAAUGGGACGCGCAGUCACCAUUGUUGUGGGUGGUGCCAGGGAGUCACUCGAGGCUCAACCCGGGACUCUCAGACUGAUCCUGAAGGGACGCAAGGGCUUUAUCAAAAUGGCGCUGCGGACUGGAGCUGACCUCGUGCCCGUGCUGGGUUUUGGCGAGAAUGACCUCUACGACCAACUCAGCCCGAAAACCCAUCCUUGGGUGCACAACUUCCAGAUGUUUGUGCUUCGCGUAUUCAAGUUUACUCUCCCUGCUCUUCAUGGCCGGGGAAUUCUUAACUACGAUGUUGGUAUGAUGCCGUAUCGCAGACCGCUCAACAUCGUGGUCGGGAAGCCUAUCAAGGUCACCACGUCACCCACAGCGCAACCUACCCAGGAGGAUAUUGACCGGCUGCAUGACCUGUACAUGGCCGAACUUCAGAAGAUUUGGGAUACUUACAAAGAACAGUUCGUGCCUGAGCGCAAGGCCGAGCUUCAAUUCAUUGCUUGAAGUAGCAUAGCACAGCUGCGAGCAGCAGCAUAUCCUUGUUCUUACAACUUUUUUUUGAGUUUGGUACUCCGUAUUUGUCUUACAUACGUCAAAAUACGGUAGCGGCGGUUGAAUUUGGCGCCUGGAGGGUCUUCGGGAUGGAAAAGGGUAAGCAAAGUACACAAAACAGCGGAAUGGCUAGGUGUAGUUUUAGCAAACAUUACGGUAUUCAAUCGAAAGUCUGGUUCAAUUC